CAUUACGAUGAGUUUCUCAUAAUGCCGACCGCGAAGGAUCAUCGCAGACGAAACGUGAUUUUUAGUAUUUUAGUAUUUUCUUUUUAAUUUGCUUUACUGUUACCCAAAGCAAAAAUAUUGGAUUACUUUUUUCCAACUAUUUAAAAUAUGACGUUGAAAACAAAGCCGCUUUUUGCGGCCGUAUUGUUUUUUUGUGUAACAGUAUCAGUUAAUGGGUCGUCAAAUAUACCAAAAAAACCUAUAGAAAAACGUGAUGCAUCUGGGUAUGGUGACGUUUACGCACAGGGCGAUUCUGGAUACACUCAAGCUGAUGCUGCAUAUACACAAGGUGUUUCAGGAUAUAAUGCGGCUAAUUAUGCUGCACAGGGUGCCGCAUAUCAUUAUUCACCCGUUGCUGCUGCACAAUACACUGCCGUCCCAGCUGUUACUCCGGUUGGAGCUUUAGUAUUACCCACGACUGGAAUUAAUCAACUAUUUUAUCAAGGAGCAGCUGCAUCUGGUUAUCAACAAGGAUACAAGUCGUACGGAAGCUACCCAUCAGCAGGAUACUCUUCAUACCCAUCGGCUGCGUUCAGUUAUGGUGCAUAUCCAGCACAACCAGUAUCAUCAAACAUUGAAGUAGCAACACCAUCUCCUUACAAAGCGGGUCCAGUAACUUUCAGUCAGCAAACUUCAUCAAAUACUGAAGAUUCAGCAUACGAUAAACCAACUUACGGUGGAAUUUCUUCUCAAUCUUAUACUAGACCAUCAUAUCCUUCAUCUCCCGGACUCAGCAGUUAUGUUGCAAGCAGUUACAAAGGUUCCAGUAGGUAUCCAUCUAAGGAUACAUCCGAAUACCCAUCUACAUCUAGUAACUACUACUCAUCUCAACUCUCUUCGUCACCCAGUAAUUCUGCAUACUUAGCUGGAGGAGACCUUUCAGCAAAUAAAUAUUCGAAUAAGCACCUUAACAGUUACUACAAACCAGCGUACGAUUCUUCCAGCUCUACUUCCUACGAAACGCCACCAUUUAAACCUUUACCAUCAUCAGCAUACAUUACACCAUCACCAUACCCUUAUAAGUUACCUUAUCAGAGUGCGUCUUCUUCGUCAUAUAAACCUCCAUACAGUAGCUCAUCUUCACCAUAUAGCAGUUCAUCACCAUACGACUCUACUCCAUAUAAAUCUCCAUACAGUAGUUCAUCACCUUAUAGCUCUUCUCCAUAUAAACCGAUAUACAGCAACCCAUCAUCUUCGCUAUAUAGUAACUCAUCACCAUACAGUAGUCCAUCGUCUUCACUAUAUAGUACCUCACCAUAUGAUUCUACACCAUAUAGCAGCUCAUCACCUUAUAGUUCUUCUCCAUAUAAAUCUUCAUACAGCAGUCAUUCAUCUUCACCUUACAAAAUUUCUGGAUCUUCGCCUUAUAGCAGCUCAGGAUAUUCAUCUUAUAAUAGCCCAAGCUCUUCACCAUACAGUAGUUCCAGUCCUUAUGAAUCUUCUUCUUCAUAUAAGCCCUCUUAUCCAUACAAAUCCUCAUAUAGCAAUUCAUAUCCAUCCGACUCCUUUAAGCCAUCUUCAUCGUACCCCUCAUACUUAAGUUCAUCACCAUACAGUAGCUCUUCACCUUAUAGUGGCUCUUCACCUUAUAGUGGCUCUUAUUAAUUCAAAAUAUUCAUACCAAACCUAUAUUUUACAACUAUGUUCCUUCCUUUAUAAACUCAUUACCUAAUCAGCGUUUAAGGCUUUGUGAACUAUAAACGCAGUAUUAGAGAAAUUAUUUCAAUUUUAAUACCAAUAUUUCAGAUCAAAUAACACUGUCGUAUAGUUGUUUUUCUUUGAAAAAGCUCUGGUACUUCAUCUGAAAUUGAUUAGUAAAGUUAACCCUCAUAUUUAAUCCAUUAUAUUGUGUUGUUAUACUAAAAUAAUGUUUGUAUAUAUAAAAAAUUGUAUAUUUAUAUUUCUUCGAGCGUUUAUUAAAUUAUUAUCAUGAUAUUUUAAAGCUCGAAUCAUAAUUGUAAUCAUAUAUUGUUAUAAUUAUUAUUCAUUUUUAACAUUAUUACAAUAUAAGUUAUUCUAAAUUAUGAUAAUUAUAUAUACUAGAAUUAUAAAUUAUAUUAGUAUAUUUGUUUGUAUAUUAUUUUCUUAUGAAAAAGUAUAAGAAAAAUAUGUAACUUUCUAAAUACUAACUGUAAAUAUCUCGUCAUACUUUUAUUGUAGUCAAAUGACAGUCAAGUUGAGUAAAACUGUAACUUAAACUAUGGCAAAAAAAAAGAAAUUUAAUCUAUUCUGCAUGUACCUUAUUGGUGUGUUGGCUAAAUAGUUACCAUAAAAAUAGAAUAAUAUAGUCGUUAUAUGGAACA